CAUCACUUCAUCGCCGGUUUGCCUCUCGCCUUGGGCUAUUGCCUUUACUAUCCUCCCUGUCCAUCGCGACACUUUUAUUAUUGAUUAUCGACAUUAGCAUUCAUCCGAUCGGAUUAUCUUUGUCGAUCGCGUCUCUUUUUCUUCGACCUCGAAAACUCCUGCUCAACCCGACCUUCCUCCUCUUCCUCCAACCUCACACAUAAUGGAUCACUCCAGAGAUCCCUGCCCCUGGGUCGCCCUGAGCGAUUUCGGUGGUGCUUUCUGCAUGGGUGCUAUUGGUGGUGCUGUCUGGCACGGUGUCAAGGGCUUCCGUAACAGCCCCUACGGUGAGCGCCGGAUAGGCGCCUUGACUGCCAUCAAGGCUCGCGCUCCUGUGCUCGGUGGUAACUUUGGCGUUUGGGGUGGCCUGUUCUCUACAUUCGAUUGCGCCAUCAAGGGUAUCCGCAAGACCGAGGACCCUUGGAACAGCAUUAUCGCUGGUUUCUUCACUGGUGGUUCCCUGGCUGUCCGUGGUGGUGUCAAGGCCGCCCGUAACUCUGCCAUUAUGUGUGCCGUCUUCCUGGGUGUCAUUGAGGGUGUUGGUAUCGGUUUCCAGCGUAUGAUGGCCGACAACACAAAGCUCGAGCUCCCUCCCGCCCCUCCCUCUGAGCAGAAGGCUCUCGCUUAAAUCCUCCCUACCCAACAUUCUCACGAUCGAAUCCCUCCUCCGGUGGCCGACAAACCCACCUUCGAUCUCUGUCUUCAUAAACACAUCCCCACGUUGAAUCUCCCUUCUCAGGUGUUUGGUUCGGGUCUUCAUUUUUAAACGACAUGGCAUAGAGGUUCCUGCUCUGUUUAUUUUUUUUAUUGCUCACCCUUUUUAUACCGCCUUUCCUCGGCCCUUGUUUUCGGAGCAUUGUAUUUUGUGGACGGCAUCCUCUGGCUGGUUCCCAGGAUCGGGACCGGCGUGUGGUUUCUUUUUUUUUGUGGCCAUUUGGCCUUCCAAAAGAAUAUCUCUGCUCAUUGCUGCAACAAAAAGCGUUCGGAUCGGGACGUGGUGGAGUCUUGUACAUUAACGCAUUGGUAACAGGCAUAAUACGCA